CUGCCUCUGCGGGCAGAUCCCACCUGUCAGUACGGCGCUGCCGUGCCUUCCAGACCAGCCACCAGUGCGCUGCUCCUCCCCGGGGAGCUCGCCUCGCCUCGCGAGCGAGCGGCCUUUCCCAGCUUUUAUAUCGGCCAAGCGCCAGUGGGAUAACCUACCUCUGCCUGUACUUACAGCAGGAGCCGCGCCGUCGCCGCCAUUUCCACUUGCUCGUUUACUUGCCGGCCGCAACGGUUCUAGCCUAGCCACCGUGGGUUUCCUUGCUGGCCGGAGGAAGAACGGCGUGUGUGUUCCGUUGGGGCAAGGGCAUGGAAGGAGACGGCGACGCUAGGUCGAGAGCGACACUGGCCUGGGAUCUCGGGGUGCAGUGGGCUCCCGCCGCCUCGGCUGCUUACCCGCAGCAUUUCCUGCCGCCGCCGGGGGUGGCUAGCCAGCAGCAGCACAUGCAGCAGGAGCUCACUAGCCUCAAGCUGGGGAAGCGCCCGUGCUCCUUGGGCGGCUGCCAGGUGGCUGUGGCUCAGGUCGACGGGAGCGGAGGCGGCGGCGGGCGUGCCGUGGUGGAGGGCAAGAGGAAGGAGAAGGCGGCCGGGGCGGCGGCAACGGCGGCCAUGCCGAGGUGCCAGGUGGAAGGGUGCCACAUGGCGCUGGCGGGGGCCAAGGAGUACCACCGGCGGCACAAGGUGUGCGAGGCGCACUCCAAGGCGCCCAGGGUCAUCGUGCACGGCGCCGAGCAGCGCUUCUGCCAGCAAUGCAGCCGCUUCCACGCGAUGGCGGAGUUCGACGACGCCAAGCGGAGCUGCCGGCGACGGCUAGCCGGGCACAACGAGCGGCGCCGGAAGAGCAACGCCAGCGACGCCAUGGCCAGGGGCUCUGCGCACGCGCACGGGGUGGCGUCGUUGGUGCACGGCUUCGCGCCGUACGGCGGCCUGCCGACGUCCCCGGCUGGUGCUCUCUCUCUUCUGUCAUCGGCCAGAGCCGCCCCCUGGCUAGUUCCGACGACGCCCGGCGACGUAUUCUCCGCCCGCUCCAGCAGCGCCGCGCUGGACGAGCUCAUCGCCGAGAACCGCGCGGCGCUCCUGGCGUGCCACUUCUUCCCCCAGCGCUCGGCCGCCCGGCCGGCCGCGGCAGAGAUGGCGCCCGCCUGGCACCAGGCGCACCAGCAGGCCCCGCCUGGCCACGCGGUGGCGGGCAAUGGUGCCGGCCGAGACCACGGAGCUCCUCCUCCAGAGGGGCACGUCACCCUCGACCUCAUGCAGGCGCCCGGCACGGCAGGCUUGCCCUUCCGGCCCAUGGCGCAGGGCAGGCCAGCCGAGGACGGCGACGCGGGCCGUGGCUCGGGCGUGUGGACGCCUCUGCAGGGUGCCCACGCCGUCUGAGCUCGCCACAUGGUGCAAUUACGUAUACCAGUACGCGGCAUGGGCGCGGCUGGGGCUUUGGUCGUUGUGUCGACCGUGCAAUCAACUUGAGUUGAACAACAGUGUACUGUCUGUCUUGUAGCGGGUGCUAGCUGCAUCCUCUUCUUUUUUUUCUCCCCCGACAAAGCGCCCCAAGUAAAUUCUGGUCCUGAAUUCCAACUCGGAUUAAUUUGAGAUCAUGGGCGGUCGGUCUUGCAUGCUGUCAUUCUGGUUUCUCUGUAGAUACGGGGUGAACUGAAUGGAAAAGUUGCAACCAUCACA